AUGAAGCGCAUCCUCAUCCCCGGAGGAGCAGGCUACAUCGGAAGUCACGUCGUCCUCUCGGUUCUCCUCACUCGCAGGUACAAGGUCACGGUCAUCGACAACUACCACAACUCCUUCCCCACGGCCAUCGAGCGUGUUGAGAAGAUCGCGCGUGACGAGCUUCCUGCCGAUGCCACUCAAGAGCAGAAGGACGCAUGCAAGAUCGACGUCAUCAAGGGUGAUCUGCGUGAUCGCGACACCUUCUCCAAGGCCUUUUCACAGUACAAGGGUCAGAAGGACGAAAUCUACGCCGUCAUCCUCGUUGCUGCGCUCAAGGCUGUUGGAGAGUCGGGAGAGAUUCCCAUCGACUACUACGACGUUAACAUCUGCGGCCUCGUCAACUUGCUCCGAGCAAUGAAGGAGGCUCAAGUCUGGCGCCUCAUCUACUCGUCCUCGGCAACCGUCUACGGUACACCCAAGACGAUUCCUAUCCCCGAGACGAGCCCGCUGCAGGCCGAGAGCGUUUACGGUCGCACCAAGCAGAUGAGCGAAAUCAUGAUCAAGGACGUCUGUGAUGCCCACACCGACUUCAGGGCCAUUUCGCUGCGUUACUUCAACCCCGCUGGAGCUCACCCCUCUGGUCUCAUCGGCGAGGACCCCGUUGGCAAGCCUGGCAACCUCUUGCCUCUCCUUUCGCAGAUGGCUGUGGGCAAGUACCGCGACCCUGGACUUCGCGUCAACGGCAACGACUACCCUACGCCUGACGGCACCUGCGUUCGCGAUUACAUCCACGUAAUGGACCUCGCCGGCGGCCACGUCAACGCACUCGAUGCAAUCGACUCGGACGCCCGCUUCCAGAAUCUCCCCUCUCGUGGCAAGUACCGUGCCUUCAACCUCGGACGUGGACAGGGCAUGUCCGUCCUCAACAUGAUCGAGGCGAUGCGCAAGGUCACUGGGUGGGCCUACCCCUACGAGAUCAUCGGGCGUAGGCCGGGUGACGUGCCUGACUUGACGGCCGACCCGACGCUGGCGGAGAAGGAGCUCGGGUUCAAGGCUAAGCAUGGACUGGACGAGAUGGCGAGGGAUCUGUGGAAUUGGCAAAGCAAGAAUCCCAAGGGCUACAACCCCUGA